AGGAAGGGACGAGGAGCCCACCUCGUUGCAGUUUCGUGUAUUUGACCGUUCUCCUUGCUGGCAGUAGACUUGUAAGAUGUCAGGGUCCAGUUCAUCUUACACCGAAUUACCUUUCCCCAUGUGCCUUCUCCCUAGGCCAGCAAUGCAGGCUUUCUUCCAAGGCAGCCUCUCCCGCAUUCUCUUCACCUCCUCACGCCUCCCCUCCCCCUCCGCCCUGAGUCCCCUGCUCUUGGGGAACAAUCACCACUGAUUGAGGUUCACUCUAUGUUAGACUGGAAAACUGGGCUGUUAUUUAGGAAGUCAUUAAUCACAUCUCCUCCCCCGGAAAGAGAUGGCGGAGAAACCUGUGAAGUACAAUUUCUUACUAUACCUCUCAAAAAUAUUCUGAAAUGAGCAGCAUUAUUUGAUAGAAAAUUAAUAGCGGAUUUUUUUUCCAGUAGGAUUUUAUUUUAAAUUUGAAAAAAUUUCAAAUUGGAAUUAGGAGUGCUUUUGCCUUUUAGUAGGUUUAUGUUACCAAUAUCUGAAAUUAGUGGUUAAUUAAAUUUAAAUUUGGGCUUAGGAAUUACAUAUUUUCCUCCACGAAUUAAAUAUUAAGUUAACGUCCCUAAGGUAGUUUGGUGCUGUGGAAUAGCAGAUUGCCUGUGGGGUGUGUGAGUGGGGGAAUCAUAACGUCAGUUGCUUUAUUUAAAUGGCUCCCCCUAUGAGAUUAGAGAGGCUUGUGUGUGGAGCACGCGUGUGCACAAAUACCGACUGUCGCUUUUCUAAACAAGGACCCUUCGUUGUGUUUAAACAGUACAAAAUUAGCAUUCUGAUUAAUCAUGAAGAAGCCUCCCAAGUUGUCUUUAAGAUAACAUGUUUGAGUUUUCCGUGUUCAUUCAUAAAUUAUUUUGAUGUCAGCACAGAUGAAAUGGCGAUUGGUUAUCUCUUCCUCUUGCCAGCCCCUUAAGGAUCCGAGGUGAAAUUAGUAGCAAGAAAGCAUGUAAUUGACAAAGUCACGUGUGCUCAGGGGGCCAGAAACUGGAGAGAGAAGAGAAAAAAAUCAAAAGAAGGAAAGCACAUUAGACCAUGCGAACUAAAUUUGUGAUCGCACAAAAUCAAGAUGUUAGACGGAUGCUGAAGAUCACUCCGGUCCAAAGGGAAAGUUUUCAUCUCUCGAGUUGGAAGCCGAGGGCCGGUGGGGCAACAUGGCCGAAGGCGGGGCAAGCAAAGGUGAAGAGCCAGAAAAGCUGCCUGAGCUGGCCGAGGAGGAAUCCCAGGUUCUGCACGGAAAGGGCCACUGUAAGUGGUUCAAUGUGCGCAUGGGUUUCGGAUUCAUCUCCAUGAUAAACCGAGAGGGAAACCCCUUGGAUAUCCCAGUGGAUGUAUUUGUACACCAAAGCAAACUAUUCAUGGAAGGAUUUAGAAGCUUAAAAGAAGGAGAGCCAGUGGAAUUUACAUUUAAAAAAUCCCCCAAAGGCCUUGAGUCAGUACGGGUAACAGGACCAGGUGGGAGCCCCUGCUUAGGAAGUGAAAGAAGACCCAAAGGGAAGGCCCUGCAGAAGAGGAAGCCAAAGGGAGACAGGUGGAGACGGCAGGAUUUACUGAUGGAUCAGAUGUGGACUGUGAGAGAAGAAGAGUCCAGGAUGAUUCCAAGAUGCUACAACUGUGGUGGCCUUGACCAUCAUGCUAAAGAAUGUAGUCUACCUCCACAGCCAAAGAAGUGCCAUUACUGUCAGAGCAUCAUGCACAUGGUGGCAAACUGCCCACACAGAGUCGUCACCCAGCUGCCCCCCGGGUCUCAGGGGAGACAGGAGGCAGAGUGCCAGCCCUGCACAUCGACUUCACCGAGGGAAGGGGGAGGGGGGCGUGGCUGCACAUCACCCUUUCCUCAGGAGGCGAGGUCAGAGACGGCAGAGCUGCCAGACAGGUCACCCCAAGAAGUUUCUUCUGUGAAGGCAUUUGUAGCAGCAGAAGAGCAGAACAAAAAGGGGCCCUCGAUCCAAAAGCGGAAAAAACCGUAACACUUGCCAGCGCUUUCGACACCCGGUUGGGAAGUCUACCUCACGCAAGCACAGGGCAGUGGUAUUCCAGAGAGCAGCUGGCCACAUUUUAACUACUGCUGCGGAACAGACAAAUCACAUUGAAGCAGGGUGUCGUGUGUUGUAGAACUGAGAUACUGCAUAUAGAAUGUGCAUAAGUGAGAGGGAGGCUUGGGGCUGUGUGUGUGAGGAUUUCACAUAGGAACGCAGGUAUAUACAUAUAUACAUUAUACAUACAUACAUACAUAUAUGUAUGUGCCUGUCUUUAUACAUGUAUGUAUGGAGACGUAAGCACAUACUCUCCCUCAGAUAAUUGAGCAUCUCCAAGCAUUGAAAGUCCAUGUGAAGCGUUUGAGGUGGUUUCAGAAUUAACCCUUGGAAUUUUUCCUAAAUACCACUUAUUUUAUAUUACAUAAAAAUAACCUCGUGACUGUUACCUUUCAUGUGAACCAAAGCAUGUUUCAGAUCUCAGACUGCCAGUCAGAUGGUACUAAAGAUUUUGGGGAUACUUGGUGCCUCCAGAGUCUGGAUUCAUCAUUGUGUCCUGGUGCUGACUGAUGGAGUGUUUGGCUGCGGCCAUUUUCUGCCUUCUCCAGUUUGAAGGUGGUAACCUAACUUUAAUGCCUCUGACUGCCAUAAGUUUUUAAUUUUUAGAUACGUAACAACUCCAGAAAAGACAAUGAAUGUGAAGUUUCUGGGCUGAUAUUUCAGUUUUUUGUUUUGAUUGUAAUUUACACGCCUAUUAAGAAAAAUGAAGAGGAAGGUAAUGUAUAAAUAUCAUGGUAUGAUCCUUUUCAGUGGUGUUUUGGUACCAGCUCUUUUACAUGUUUCUGAGGUGUUUAGGGACCAUGGAAACAGAAGCCUCCCUUGACUAAGCAGCUUCUGAACCAACACUUAGAACCGGAAGGUCUCCUUAUUUACUACUGAAGCCUUAGAGGGAAACUAAACAUCUGGGUAUAUUUUGUGACUGUUUUUAUUCCCCCAUAGAGUCCUCAGACCUGUUUCCAAAACAAACAACAGCAUCAUCGAAAUGAAUAAAAUAGGGGGCUUAGAGUGAAAGGUAGAUGCUCACAAUUGCCGACAGAUACAGCCCAGGAUCGACACUAAACAGACAGUGUUUGGAGGCAGGCAGCCAGCAUGCCAGGCCGGGAGCAGUCACCAAACGCCUCGCUGCUGUGUGGCUAGGAUCCUUUAUGUGAUAAUACUGAUGGCAGUUACCUUGAGUAUAGAGGCUGAAGUAACCGAGGUUAUGGAUUCAGGAUGAGCAUUCAGAUGAAUUCUCAGUUUGCUAACAGAUUGGCUAGGGACUGAUCAUAGUAUUGGUCUGUUUUCCAUCUUGUUAAAAAAAAAAAAUGGAGUUAGCCUGGUUCUAAAUUUGAUGAGCAAACUUUUGAAACAUCACCAAGAAGGUACCAAGGAAUUACAGUGAAUAAUUUUGGCAAUAAAUAGAAUUUUAUAUGGGCCUGUUGGUAUAAGCUCAGAUAAUCAAACAAGAGAGCAUCAUGACUCAAAUGAGAUGCAUUCUACUGGGGAUCCUUCCUCCUGUAUGCCAGUCCUUUCCAGGUUACCUUGACUCUUUCGACAGUAUUUAUGAGAAUUUCCAUAGUGUUUUAUUGACGUAUCAUUGUGCUGUAAUGCAGAGCUUACUGUUGACGAUAUUGAAUGUGAUGUAGCCAUAGAGAAGUACUGCCUUGCCUUAUGUGAGGAUUUCAAGCUUAUUUAAAUUAUGUAGACAAAUCAAAGUGUCACCCAAGUAUAAUGAACAAAGUAACAGUUGUACAAGCAAAAUAUGAUAGGUCACUUUGAAAGUUCAAACCAAAGUUCCUUGACUAUAGAAAUGGGAAACUAUGGACUUGAAAAUUGGACAUUCUGUUUACAUAUAAAAAUUCAGAGCUGAGAUCAUUUUUAAAAAUGAAAAUAGAAAAUUCUGAAACACUUGAACUAUGGACCUUAUGGGUGCAGUUGACAUUUUUCAGCAUCUGACCAGACUGAAUUACUAAGAGCACAUACCAAACCUAUCUUAUGAUUAAAAGUUGGGGUUUAUUUUUUAUAUGAAAAUAUUGUCAUUGUUACAUGCUCAGGACAAAGAAUUUUGCUCAGGGAACGUACAAUAUAAUGUUUUUUGUUGUUUCUUUACAGACUAGUCUAUAGUCCUGCUUACUCAAAACAAGCCAAAUAAAUUAGGUCUUUAUGUACGUACAUGUACUUGUUGGUAACUACCUCUGAGUUUGACAUUGAUCAUAAUUCUGAAUAUCAGAUAUUGGUCCUCCUGUUUUUAUUCCAUGUGAAAAGCCUUGUAAAGCAAACUCUUCCACUCCUUGCAGAUGUGAAUCCACUGAUAUGAGCACUUUGCUCAUUCACAUGAGUGAAACAUUCCGUUUACAGCAAAUGGCUACCUCCUAGCUACUACAUAGCACACCUUGAUGCUGCUGCAGCCUUAUAGGCUGCUGGUAAUUCUCUGGUACAGACACUUUUAAUCUGUAGCAUAGAUAGGCAUUUACAACUGCAUGUUUCUGGAAAAUGCCUGUGAAUAAUAGGACUUUUCAUGUUAGAUAGCAGUCUCCAAGCAUUUCCUUAAAGUUAUCAUGUAUUGAGUUUAAGGAAGUAUAGGCACUCUUUAUCCUAAGCAAAACCACACAGAAAUAAUCUUGACCGUAGCUCUGCUGCCCAGAGGUGGCAGGAGGCUAACAGAAGCAAACAUGGUAUUGUAUUUUGCUGACAAAUGAAUAAAGACUCCUACCCCUCCACUUGUGUCUUUGCUGUCCUGAAGGCAAAGCACACUGCAGCAUUCCAAGCCCCAGGCACAUACCUAACCAGCACCAGCUGCCAUGGGGGCCACUGCCGGCCAGGAGGGAAGGGGUCUGUGGAGCACCAUUUCUUCAGGGGUUCCUAACUGUGGUCUAUGAAUUGAGCCACCUUUUGACCCCUCCUCGUGUCAACACAAAUGUAAUUCCUAAGAAUGGUGCACAGUCAGCCUUUAGUCUGCGAACUCUCCAUUCUCUACACAGCAGGUCAUGUGGAGACAUUUUUAUACUUGCGUUUCUAGUCUUUGGAUGUAUUUUUACAAAUGAAAUAUUUAGGAAGAUUUUUAUCUGCUUAUAACUUGGAAAUUUUAGUGUGCAAUCUAAAGGAAAAGAUAAAGACAUCACAUUAUUAGCAUCAGUCCACUUCCCAAAUAUAGGAUGUUUUUAUUGCCAAUUAUUUUUGUACUCUGGCUCAGAUUUAUUUUGCACCAGUGCAGGCCUGCGUUGCCGCUGGUUGUAUGUAGUGUGUGAAUAGAAGCCCCCAAGUGUUAAUAGACUUUUUAACAUUCACUGUAAGAUGAAUUAGCCAGGAUGUGGGGAAUCUCAUUAAGUCUUAAAGUUAAUUUAAAUUAAUUUAUCUGUUUUCUCUAAGAAAUGUUUAUCUUAAAAUAUAUAUGUAAUUUCACCUUUGGUAUAAAAUCCAGAAACUUAUGUGCAAGUGCAGCCCUGCCGACUUAACUUUUCUAGACGUCUUAAUGAGAUUUGUUUGUUUUAGAAAAAGAACAACUUGUUGAAAGCAUCCAGUUCUGUCUUACAUACUGUCAACAGCUUCUUCAAGAUGUGCCUGUGUGAGUUGUGACCUAGUUGUUCAUUAGCAUGAUAGGGUGACCUAUGGCUCAUUGUGGAUCUUUAUGCUUGGAGCAACGUACUGUACUGUAAGAAAGUAUUCCAAUAUUUAAUAUGCCUGUGGCUUACCCCUUGUCAGUUCCCAGCUUGAAAAUGAUGGUGUGGACUACCUCGUCAGUCACUGUUUAUCAGCCACAGGCACCUACCACCAAGCUGGCUUUAAUUAGUGUGUGUGGUUUUAUGGUGUUAACAACUCUAGCCAUAUAAAGACCAAAGUGAACCCUGAUUUCUAUAUGUCUCUAAUACAGUGUUUUAUCUAGUAUUUUAAAAUUAUCGUAGUUGAUUGCCUCAUAGUCCAUUUUGAUUCAUGUUGUUUACAAGUGAAACAUUUUAAAAAUACACUUGAACUGUCGUUACAAAGAACAAAAGAGGAAUUGAUAUUAGAAUGGCAUACUGCAUUCUGUCACCUUGAUGGACUGAUCUGCAGACUUGAGCUUAGUACUGUCUUUUCAUGCUGAAUGUCUUACUCUGUUAACUAUCGAUGUCUUGAGGUUUAAAAUUACAUGAUAGAAGAUAAAAGAUACAAUGUUGGCAUUUAUGAUGGGUUUGGAGAUAUUCUGUGUUGAUUUCUAUGAUUGGGAAAUUAAGUAAGUGGAUAAAGGCCCUUUAGGAUGAGUUCAAGGUUUCAGUGUGGUGGUAAACAUGGAAGGUUUUUCUUCUGGAGCUUGUCUUCAUCAGGAUUGUCCAGUAUUAUCAAGCAGAGAUUGUACAACUUGUUAAUCAAGACACAUCCUUUGUGUGGUCAGAAAGAAUGUCAUGAAGCUUAUGAAAAAACCUUUUGGAGAAAUCACUUUAAAAUUUUCUUAACAGGUUUUUUCUAAUUAUGAAGGAUUUGGAAGGAAUAAACUAGUACCAGACAUUUCCAGUGUUAGUGUCAAUUGAACAGAUGUGUGCAGUGAUGAUGCACUGUCAAAACUGAUGGGUGAAACUGUUCUGUACGCUGUCCAGUCUCACAAUUAAACUCAUUUUCCACUCUA